AUGGCGGAGUCAAACGCGUGGCUCGCGGCGGUGAGCGCCUGCUACAGCGCCGCGGGCAUCGUGCCGUACUGCUACGACGAUGCCGGCCGCUUGUUUUUUCUGCUCCACACAGAAGGGUGCGGGCAUUGCCCCCCCCGCGCUAUCGCACCCGCGGGCAAUCAAGCAUCCGCGAGCGGGCGCACGCCUGGGUCUCCCCGCGCAAUCGCAUCCGCGUGCGACGCAUCAAAGCAGAAUAAGGAUGAAGAGGAGAACAGGCAAGAGAGUAAAAAUCCUUCGGAUCAGCCACAAGAGAUAGUAGUGAAGCAGGAACCGGAUCAAGAGUAUGAGGAGGAGCAAAAGCAAGCGAGUGCAAACCCCUCGGAUCAGUCGCAAGAGACUGCAGCGGAGAGCGGUGCGGCGAAGCGGAAGAGGUUGAACGACCAGUUGCGGAUGGAGUUGGCGCAGGAAGACCCGCGGAGUCGGAAGACGCGGCUGGAAGCGCUCAAGGCGGAGCACCGGCUGCGGGAAAGCGCGCGGAAGCGGGAGGAGAAGCGGAUGCAGGAUCAGGAUCAAGAACGUGAGGGGGAGCGAAUGCGAGAGAGUCAAAAUCCCUCGGAUCAAUCGCAAGAGGCUGUAGCGGAGGGCGGAGCGGCGGAGCGGAAGAGAUUCAUCGAGCUUGCGCGGAUGCAGUUGGCGCAGGAAGAUCCGCGGAGUCGGAAGAAGCGGCUGGAAGCGCUCAAGGCGGAGCACCGGCUGCAGGAGAAGGGGCGGAAGCGGCAGGAGAAGCGGAGGCGGAAGAUCCAGAAGAGCGGAGUGUUUCUGCUGGACUUCGGGGGGAAGAAGGAGGAGGCGGACUACAACUCCCCCGCCCGCACUGCUGCGCGGACGUGGCGGAUAACCGCUCCCCCGCCGCACUGCUGCGUGUGUGCUGCUGCUGCUGCUGCUGCUGCUGCUGCUGCUGCUGCUGCUGCUGCUGCUGCUGCUGCUGCUGCUGCUGCUGCUGCUGCUGCUGCUGCUGCUGCUGCUGCUGCUGCAGUGAAGGGAGAAUAUGAGGCCGGCUAUUACAACCUCAAGGGCGCCACGUGGGAGAAGCGCAUUGCUGACGUGGCAGCAGCACUCGCGGACCAAUCAGAGGCCUUCUACAGCGGGAACAGCGGGCACGUGUUCUUCCUGUGCCACGAAGACAGGCUCAAAGACCCCGAGCAGGGCGGCGCCAGUGUGACAGACAACAGCGUGACAAUCAACAGCGUGACAAACGACAGUGUGACUAAAACGAACGGAGCGAACGGCACCGCAGGUGGUGCUGUGACAGUAAAGAAAAAAGCUGCAGCUGCCACCACCCCAGUUGUGCCUGCUUCAGUUGUCACUCGGCUCAACGCCAGUAACGCACUUCUCCCCCCUUCCCCCCCUUUCCCCCCCUUCCCUCCCAUUCCCCUCCCUUUCCCUCCCCUUCCUCCCACUUUUCUCCCCUUCCCCCCCUUCCCCCCUUCCCCCUCCCCGCCCCAACUGCAGCAGAAUGCACACCUCACUAUCACAUAA